AUGGGAAAGCACUCCAAGAACAACAACGAGCGCGCCUUCUUCUCGCACGCGGAGCGGCAGGCUGCCAAGUACGGCCGCCACUCCUCGGGCCUCCUUGGCGGCCACAACACCGCCGGAGGGAACUUCGUCGACACUGGCUGGGGCAGCCACAAGCGGACGCUCGACAGCGACGCGAUGAAGGACUUGGACGCGUGCAGCCUGACGCUAGUGCCGUGCGUCGAUCCCGUCAUCACGCCCAAGGGCGUCGUCUACGACAAGCAGGUCAUUUACCAGUACAUCCUCGACCGCAAGGCGGAGAUUGAGCGCGAGCUGCGCGCGUGGACGGCGCAGCAGGAGGCAGAGGCGGCGGGCGCGGCGAGCGAGGCGGCGCGCGCGGCGGACCAGCGGGUGGAGGAGUUCGUGGCGAGGCAGGAGGGCCUCUCCAAGUCCGACCUCGCCUCCCGCCGACCCAGCGACCCGUCGUCCUCCGGCGGCGCAGUCGGCGCGCUGAUGGGCCGCACGCUCGUGGAGGACACCGGCAAGCACGCGGCGGACACCAGCUUUUGGGUCCCGCAGCUGACGCCGCAGUCCAAGAGCCUUCUGGACAAGCCCGACGGAGUCGUCCGCUGCCCGAUCACGAACGAGCCCCUCAAGCUCAAGCAGCUCUACCCGCUCUCCUUCACGCGCGCGGACGAGUCCCUCACCUCCGCCGAGACGCUCGCGAAGCCGCGCAAUGAGAGGUACAUCUGCCCGCUCUCGAAGAAGGCCCUCUCCAACACCAACCCCGCCGCCUUCCUCCGCCCGAGCGGCACCGUCGUCUCUGUCUCGUGCGUCGACUCAAUCAUCAAAAAGGACAUGGUCGACCCCUUCACGGACCCGCCCACGCGCCUCAAGGAGAAGGAGCCGACUAGCCGAGACGCGCCGAGAUGCGCCGAGAUGCGCCGAGAUGCGCCGAGAUUCGCCGCCCACGCGAACCUCGAGGGGAAGGAAGAGCAGCCGCUAGCGUGCGGAAGCCCGCAACCCCCGUGCUCCGGCCAGCACUCGAGAGGACUCGCACUCAGCCGCCACUGCAUUCGCUGCGCACGCGAUGAGCACACCGCGCGAUAUGCGUGUACGCCCGCCCUGGCCCUGGCCCUGGCGCCGUGACGCGGGUGUUUGCACUCGAGCGCACAGGACAUCAUCCCGCUGCGGGUCGAGGGGACGGGCUUCGCCGCAAAGACCGACGAGAAGGCGCUCAAGGUGACAAAGACCGACGUGAUGGGCUUCUGAUGCGCGCCCAGGCACCCACGCUCCCCGGACGGCGGGGGGCGCGCUGAAUUCUCGGCGGGGACUAAACGCGGGGACAUUAAACGGAUGGGUGGCUGUUGUUCAUCCGGACCGCUGAUGUGCGGACGUCGUCCUCUUCGACAUGCGCCGCCAACAACAACACAUGUGUAAAAAUAUCGUGUACAGUCAGUCACAAGUUUCCCGAAAAGACAAGUCCG